AUGGAGAACUCAAUAAGCUUAACAAAGCUAGGCGGGUCUUUGAAAGUGCCCCUCGUACAAGAAUUGGCCAAGAGAAACUUAAGUACGGUCCCAUCACGAUAUGUUCGUGUUGAAGGCGAUGAACAUAUCUCUUUUAACCUCUCUUACUCACUCGAAAUCCCCACAAUCGAUUUUCGCAAGUUAUACGAUUCCAAUUUCAUGGAUUUCGAGCUUCAUAAGCUACACAAUGCAUGCCAAGAAUGGGGCUUUUUUCAGGUGAUCAACCAUGGAGUGGACACUAAAGUGAUAGAGACUAUGAAAUUAGAUAUUCAGAAUUUUUUUAAUCUCCCAACAGAAGAAAAGAAUAAAUAUUAUCAGGAGCCAGGGGACUUGCAAGGCUAUGGACAAGCCUUUGUUGUGUCAGAAGAGCAAAAACUUGAUUGGGCAGAUAUGUUUUACAUAGUCACUCAACCAACUCAUUUAAGAAAGUCCCACUUAAUCCCCAAGCUUCCACCUAAAUUCAGGGAUGCCAUAGAAUCAUACUCAGCAGAAAUGAAAGCACUAGCAAUGGAAAUUCUUUACCAAAUGGCGAAAGCCUUAAAAAUGAAAUCUGAAGAGAUUAAUAAUUUAUUUGGUGAAGGGCUCCAAGCCAUGAGGAUGAAUUGUUAUCCUCCAUGUCCCCAGCCAGAGCUUGUAAUGGGCCUUUGCCCUCAUUCUGAUGCUGUUGGGCUUACUAUUCUCCUCCAGGUGAAUGAGGUGGUGGGCCUCCAGGUCAAAAAAGAUGGGCUUUGGGUCCCAGUUUUACCACUCCCUGGUGCAUUUGUUGUCAACGUUGGUGAUGCUUUGGAGAAGGGACUACAAGUGAUUGAUCAUCAGGGGAUGGCGGAGCAGUCACAGGCGCAUGCGGGACUACAAUCGAGUGAUCAUCAUCCAAAGUGGACGUAG